CUUCACCAACAACACAAAUAAACCCCUGUGAUCUGGACGUUUAAUCUUGUACCUGGGGUUCAGAGGUAACUCACUUUUGAGUUACCGUGCGAGUUUUCUGUUUAUCUUGUAUGGUAUCUCCUCUAGUUUCAUUCUGUAGACUGCCGUAUUGGAUAGAGGGUCUUGCCAUGCCCAACUUACCCAAUCUUAACAGCUUUGGCAAACUGUGCGGCUCUGGCCGCAGCGACGACUCUGUGGUGCUGGACCGGGUGAAGCGCAAGAACUCAGUUCGGAGAAUGUCCAUUAUCGAAGAUGGGAACGUGGCUGAGGUGCUCUACCUCAUUCCCAAACAGUCCAUGAUGGAGCAGCUGCCCUUCCUUAACCCCAAUGAGUAUAUUAUCCUGGAGAAAAUGGCACCUCCUGACAUUGGACCCGUGGCCCAUCCUCAGGAACCGCACCAUCCACCAGGAAAACUGGUUAUCCAGUGCUAUAAGUGUGGGGAGCCAUGCAAGGGAGAGGUUCUCCGGGUGCAAUCCCAGCACUUCCAUAUAAAAUGUUUCACAUGCAAAGUGUGCGGUUGUGACCUGGCCCAAGGUGGUUUCUUCAUGAAGAACGGGGAGUACCUAUGCACGCUGGACUACCAGAGGCUACAUGGCACUCGCUGUAAUGGCUGUGGAGAUUUUGUUGAAGGAGAGGUGGUCACUGCUCUUGGGAAGACCUACCAUCCCACAUGUUUUGUCUGCACUGUUUGCAAACGGCCAUUUCCCGCUGGUGAUCGAGUCACGUUUAAUGGAAAAGACAGUCUCUGCCAGAGUUGCGUCCAGCAAACUUCCCCGACUCCCAAAGACAUCAGCACCUCUAGUAACUGUGCAGGAUGUGGCAGGAAUAUAAAGAAUGGUCAGGCUCUUCUGGCCUUGGACAGCCAGUGGCACCUCGGCUGCUUCAAGUGCAAGGCCUGUGGGAAAGUGCUGAGCGGGGAGUACAUCAGCAAGGAUGGUUCUCCGUACUGUGAGAAAGACUACCAGAUUCAUUUUGGCGUGCAGUGUGAGGCCUGUCAUCGGUUUAUCACAGGGAAAGUUCUGGAGGCAGGAGAUAAGCAUUACCAUCCAAGCUGUGCACGAUGCAGCAGAUGCAAUCAAAUGUUCACGGAGGGAGAGGAGAUGUACUUACAGGGUUGUACAGUAUGGCAUCCAGACUGUAAGAACAACAGUAGAGUGGAAGAGAAGUACAGAGCAGCUUGGCAGCAUCCUAAAGGAAAACCCAGUCCGUUUGAUAUCUUUUACCCCCAGUCUCAGAUUCAGAGCCGGGGCCCAGGUGACUCUCGGCUGGGCCAGCAUCCCCUGAGCAGUUGUGAGCCCCUUCCACCCUCAGUAACAUCUCUGCACCAAUCAGAAAGGCAGCCCACAAGGUCAUCGUCUGAAAGUAUCUGUCUGAGACCUGGCUCGAGCAUCCCUGGAUCUCCAGGUCAUACCAUCUAUGCAAAAGUAGACAAUGAGAUUAUUGAUUACAAGGACCUAGCAGCCAUCCCCAGAGUCAAGGCCAUUUAUGACAUAGAGCGUCCAGACAUGAUAUCUUAUGAGUCUCUCCAUUCCACCUCCUCCACCCUGGAAAGACAAGGAAGGCGCAGCCCCGGAGAGCCUGUCAAAGCCUCAGGUGGCAGCCCUCCCAGAGGCAGAGCCACAACCCUGCCACAAGACCCCUCCUCAUUGUCUGCAGAAAUGUCUCCAAGAACACUGUCUCCCACCCCAUCCGCUGAGGGUUGUUAUGACAUGAGGGAGCGCAUCAUACAAAGAUCCACCAGUCAGGGCUCCAUCGGCUCUCCGGUUUACCACCGCCAUAACUAUAUACCCCCUCUGUCCAAGUCACCCCAGCACUUCCACAGACCAGGAAUGCUGAAGCUCUGCUCCUCUUUGCGCUCCGGCGACACGCGCCCUACCUCCCCUUUCCGACAUCACUUCCUCCCCCAUAACAAAGAUUCUUUCUGCAUAGGCACUGAGCCAUCCAGUGGCCGGAGUUCUCCUCUUUCCUCUCGGCCGGCCACCCCGACCCUCUCUCUGACCCCUAAACAUUUCCACAUCCCAGACCAAGGCAUUAACAUGUAUAGAAAACCACCAAUCUACAAACAGCAUGAUUCAGCUGCCCUAGCAGCCCAAAGCAAGUCCGCUGAUGACAUCAUCAAAUCAUCCAAGUUCCCCGCUGCCCACGCCCCCCGGCCGGACGAAACACCAAAGAUCGAGACCGACUACUGGCCGUGUCCUCCGUCCCUUGCUGCUUUAGGCUCAAAUGGGAGGAGUCGGUCACGGGAUGAAGAAGAGGAAGAGCAACUGAAACGCAGACAUCUUCAGGAAGAACAUCUCAGCAAGAUCCAGUCUGGACUUGGGAAGCUCAUUCUGAAGGAGGAGAUGGAAAAGGAUAUGAACAGAGAGAGAUACAUACGAAGUGUGGCCGCCCAGCGCUUUGACUCCCAAUAUGCUAACUGUAUCACAGACUCCCAAACCGUUAAAACAUCAUCUCUGCCUGGAUAUGGGCGGAAUGGCCUCCAUCGGCCCCAGUCUACAGAACUCUCUCAGUAUAACAGUUACGGGGAUGUGUGUGGAGGACAAAGAGAUUUCAAGCCCACCCAAGGUGCCCAAGAUUCCAUUACAAGAAUGGACAGGGGAAUGUCUAUGCCUAAUAUGUUGGAAUAUAAAGUGUACCCACAUGAAAUGCUCACUGUCACCAACAGAGGGCGUACUAAGCUCCCGAAGGAUGUGGACAGGACGAGACUGGAGCGCCACUUGGCUUCCGAGACAUUCUUUGAUAUUUUUGGGAUGGAGAUCCAUGAGUUUGACAGACUUCCUCUUUGGAAGCGCAACGACAUGAAGAAGAAAGCCAAGCUCUUCUAACUAGCUGAUUGUGCAUGUUUUAAUUUAUCAAUCACUCAUAUGAUGUAUUAGAGCGAUAGUCCUAACUUUAUUUUUUUUGGCAUCCAAUUACAUGCA